ACCUUGCCUUCCGGGUAAUGGAGUUGCUGGCUUAACCUCUGUGCACUUCUUGUCCACAGUCCAUACCUGAUCUGGAGCAGAAAGCGUGAUCCCAAUAUUUGUAUCCCUGUCCCAGUGGAGCUUGCUGCUUUGUCCCCACUGCGCUUCCCUGGAGCCAGAUUAGAGGGUGAGCAAGGGGAGAUUGCAAAGCUGGUACACAGGGAACCACAGCUGGUGUGUAUCUCAACAGUGCAAUCACUGAUGUCUUCUCAGCUCCUGGUGCCACUUGGCCUGUCCCCAAGGUUUGGGAACUGGGCAGCAGGACCUCCUCCAGCAGCCCUGGCACACGCAGGAAUGUUGGAAGGGGGCUCUUUGUACCCUAUGAGACCGCUCUGUACCUGGCUAGGGCUUUUGGUUAGGGUAAUGCCCCAUCCUUGCUUGUUACAGAAAACAAAAAUAGUUCAGGAGCCCCACGCCCCACAAACAUGUUGCUGGAAAUACAUCUACUUAUGACAGAGGGGAGUAAAACCACGGGGAUCUGGUCCGUGCUGGGACCCAUGGUGGCUGGGCUGGAAUGCUGCCUUGGCCAUGGUGCUGUGACUGCGAGGUUUUUUUUCUAUUUUGAGGCAUGCCAUUUGCAUUCUUGCCAGUGAAAGACUUCCCCUGUAAUUAUCAGUUGAUUUAAUGCACUAUCUAAGCUGUCAUUUACAGCUGCCUGGUUGGUAGCACUUGGCAUGCAAUGUUUCCAGCCAUACAAAGCCUCUCGCCACGCUAGUUGCACCUCAGACAGCACCAGGACUCCCAGGCAGCAGCACUGGACUCCAUUUCCCCGUGGCGUGGCCCUUCCUGGAGAGAAAAAUGUCCCUGUCACACACGGCUGCCGAGUACAUGCUUUCAGAUGCCCUCCUCCCAGAGCCCAGCAGCUCCCGUGCCAAAGGCUUGCGGCUGGAGCUGCCAAGCGACCGCGUGCUGAAGUUCGUCGCAGUGGGGCUGCCCCUCUUCCUCGUCUCGCUGGCCUUCGCCCGGGAGUUCUCUGCUGGUUCACAGAUCAGCUGUUUCUCACCCUCCAACUUCACGGGGAAGCAAUCUGCCUAUGCUGACACAGCUUGCUGGGACUCACUUCUCCACCAUGGCUUCGAUGCUGAGGGACGUGCUGUCACCAAGUCCCUUUGGGCUCUCAAGGUCUUCCCAUACUCACUGCUGGUGGUGGCAGUGCUCAUGUAUCUGCCCUACCUGCUGUGGCGUUAUGCAGCCUCCCCCACCCUCCACUCUGACCUCCUCUUCAUCAUCGAUGAGCUGGACAAGUCCUACAACCGCUCCGUGCGCCUGGUGCAGCACAUGAGGAAGGUCCAGCAGGCGAGCGAUGAUCCGGAGCAGUUCUGGGAGGAGUAUGAGAGGGCUCGCCAGGAGAGGUACUUUGAGUUCCCAUUGCUGGAGCGCUACCUUGCCUGCAAGCAGCACUCCCACUCCCUGGUCAUCAUCUACCUCCUGAGGAACCUCCUCCUGCUCUUGUUCUUGGCUGCUACUUGCCUCUACCUGGUCUUCCUUCAUCUCAACAUCUUCUUCCAGGAUGAGUUCAGCUGCUCCAUCAAAACAGGGCUGCUCCAGGAUGAGCCUCACGUUCCCCCACUCAUACCCUGCAAGCUGGUCUUCUUCUCUGUCUUCCAGCUCAUCAGCCUCACGGUUGGUGGUGUGUAUGUCCUCCUUAUGCCUGUCGUCAUCUACAGUGCCCUGCAGCUCUGUCAGUGGGACAAAGGGCUGCUCUCCGUCUAUGAGAUGUUGCCUGCCUUUGACCUUCUCAGUCGCAAGAUGCUUACCUGUCCCAUCAACGACCUCAAUGUCAUCCUCCUCUUCCUCCGGGCCAACAUCUCCGAGCUGACGUCCUUCAGCCGCCUCAGUGCUGUCAGUGCCUUGCGGGAGGCCACUGCUGAGAAGCAGGACAUCGACACCGUUGUUGACUUCAUGACGCUGCUGGCUGGGCUGGAGGCCACCAAGCCCAAACACCAGGCUUGUAUGCCCCUGGGCAAUGGCGAGGCCAUCGGGACUGGUUCUGGCAGCCAGGGCCGCGACGCUACCACGAGCCCAUGCGUGGGCAGGAGUUGCUAUAGGAACAGUUUUGCUGAGAAGACUGCAGAGCUGGAGGCUUAAACCCAAACUCUGGGCUAAUUGGGGGGCUGGGGGUUGUCCUCAUUUUUGGCGAAGACAACAACCCAGCCUACUGAUGGGUGGGGGCAAACUAAAUUUUGGGGUGCUGGUGUGAUGUUCUGCUGUUACUGUGACAGUGGGGUGGUGGGCAGGCUCCCAAGACACCAACGCUUCUUCUCUCACGUUUGGAUUUUUGGGGAGCUGGGGGCACCUUCUUUGCUGUCUUCUCAAGCUGCUCACUGUGGUUUCUGGGCUCUGCAAGACAGCUCAUCCCUGGCAGGGUGGGAGCCAGAAUGUCUGCGAUCUUUUCCUGGCCCUGAACAUGCAGCCUGCGGUCUGUGGUUUUAAAAUGAAUAAAUAUGGAAAGAAAGAAAGAUUGAGCUGUAUUUAGCAUCCUUGUUGGCAUGGUAACUGCAGGGCUAGCACAGCCAGCUCUGGGGCUAGUUGACUGAGAAAAGCCCAGGAUGCUGGGUUGAGGUGGUUCAAAGGCUGAGAUAAUGAUGUCUUCUUCCUCCAACCCCAUCCAGAAAUGAAGCCUGGAGUGGAAGCCAAGGAUGAAGAUGCCCGUGACUCCUGAGCCUGGCCACAGCUCCUCUGCUGGGAUCCAGCUCCGUCCUCUUCCACAGCAGCAGUGCUGGUUGUUGUCAUUAAACUUUGAUUUUGUUACAGGUGUGCUGGUGGCUGUAGUGGGGCAGGCUGAGAUCACCUUUCUUUUGCACUGGGGUUGAAUCUUUCCAUCUUUCCUGCAAAAAAAAAAAAAGAAAAAAAAAAAGAAACUGUGCUCUUAGUGAGUGGUGCCGGGCAGUGCUCCUUUCCUAAGAGUUCGUCCUGGUGUUACAGCAGGAGCGGGCAAUGGGGGGGGACCAAAGGAGGGGGAAGGGGGAGCCCAGGUUUCCCCUUGGAGGAGCAGCAACAGCACGGCGCGAAGGGGGAGGGCGAGCAGAAACUCCCGAAGACAAAUAUGGGUCGGAGCAGCAGCGGGGGGAGGAACGGGCGGCAGGAGCAGCUCGGGGGCUGACGGCGCGAAGGGCCCGGCCCGUUUUAGAGCCGCGCGCUGCGGGAACCGACGGCCGGGAGCGCCGCGGGGGGCGGGGCCUGGGGGGCGGGGCCGCGGCGGGCGUCGCGCCGCUCUUCCGUUGCUAAGUGACCCCGCGCCGCCGCACGGCUCCGAGCGGGGCGGUCCGGUAGGAGCGGGGCAGGGGACGAGGAUCGGAGUGAGGCCGGGCGGGGGCUGGGGGCGG